AUGGCUUCUCUUCUAUUAUCUCCCAACAAACCCAUUAAUGCUACUCCACCCCUUCUCCUUCAAUGCCUCUCCCCAAGACAUAAUCUCAACAAAACCAAAAUUCUCAUCUUUCCAAGUAAACCCUAUACUUCACGAAAGCCAGAAACAACCACCAAAUGCUCAUCAUCAAGCCUAAGCCUUAAAGUACAAUUAGAUCACGAAAACAUUGAACCACAAACCCUAGUCUUCCUUGAAGACGACCAUAGGCCACUCCAUGAAAUCUGGAAGGAAAUUCAAGGCCUUAACAACUGGGAAGGGCUUCUAGAUCCAACACUCAACUCCCAUCUCCGGCAAGAAAUCAUCCGCUACGGAGAAUUCGCUCAAGCAUGUUAUGAUUCCUUCGACUUCGAUCCUCACUCCAAGUACUGCGGCACAUGCAAGUACCAAGGCGCUCAUUUCUUCGAAAACCUCGACAUGGCCGACCGUGGCUACCAAAUCAGCCGAUACCUCUACGCGACUUCAAACAUCAACCUCCCCAAUUUCUUCCAAAAAUCAAAGCUCGGCAGCGUGUGGAGCCGCCACGCAAACUGGAUGGGUUUCGUGGCUGUGGCCACGGACCCCUACCAGAUCAAAAGGCUUGGUAGAAGAGACAUUGUGAUUGCAUGGCGAGGAACAGUCACGUAUCUUGAAUGGAUUUACGACCUCAAAGACAUCCUCCACCCAGCUCAGUUUCGCAACGACCCGUCCAUCAAAAUCGAAUCCGGGUUCUAUGACUUGUACACCAAGAAGGAAGAUGAAUGUAGGUUUUGCUCAUUUUCUGCCCGGGAGCAACUUCUUGCGGAGGUCAAGAGGCUUCGUGAGCUAUACCAAGGUGAAGAAAUUAGCAUUACAAUCACAGGGCAUAGUCUUGGCGCUGCUUUAGCUAUUUUGAGCGCUUAUGACAUAGCAGAAAUGGGACUCAAUAUUGUACAUGAAGGUCACCAUGAGUUGGAGAGCACAAAAAUUCCGAUCACCGUGUACUCCUUUUCAGGUCCUCGAGUUGGGAAUCUGAGAUUCAAGGAAAGAUGUGACGAGCUUGGAGUUAAGGUGCUGAGAGUGGUUAAUGUGCACGAUAAAGUGCCUAGGGUGCCAGGCAUCAUUACGAAUGAGAAGUUUAGGUUUCAAAAGUACAUAGAAGACACUAUUGCAUUUCCUUGGAGUUAUGCUCAUGUGGGAGUGGAGCUUGAGCUGGACCACAAUCAAAGUCCAUUUCUAAAGCCCACUAAUGAUUUUGGGUGCGCACAUAAUCUCGAGGCCCAUUUGCAUUUGGUGGAUGGGUACCAUGGGAAGGGCCAGAAGUUCUGCUUGGUGACCAAGAGGGACAUUGCACUUGUGAACAAGAGUUGCGAUUUCUUGAGGGCGGAGUAUGGGGUGCCGCCGCACUGGCGGCAAGACGAGAAUAAGGGGAUGGUGAGGAGUAAGGAUGGGCGGUGGGUGCUGCCGGAGCGGCCCAAAGUUGAGGCCCACCCGCCAGAUACAGCACACCACCUUCAGCAAGUGCUCAAUAUGUGUAGCACUCAAUUGGAAGCACCGUGA